AUGACUGUCUUGCUCAAAGCCCUUUUGUUGUCUGCUGUCACCGGCGUCCUUGCUGCUCCCACAAGGCUAGAGACUCGUCAAGAUUCAAAUCCCACUGUCAAAUCUUGGGAUGCCGGUGCUGUUACUCAAUACCCCAUCCAUGAGAGCUGCAAUGCCACACAAGCUCACCAGAUUGCGCUUGGAUUGAAUGAAACUGUCAUACUUGCCCAGCAUGCCAAAGAACAUGUACUUCGCUUCAGUAAUAACUCCGAGAUAUAUCGUCGCUACUUUGGAGAUCGACCUCCAUACGAGGUGAUCGGUGCCUAUGACAUCAUCGUCAACGGUGACAAAGGAGAUGUUCUCUUCAGAUGUGACAAUCCUGAUGGCAACUGCGACCUUCCUGGAUGGGGCGGUCACUGGCGUGGUUCGAACGCAACGCAAGAGACCGUGAUCUGCGAUCUGAGUUAUGAAACACGUCGAUCCCUCAGCCAGAUGUGCGCAUUGGGAUACAAUGUAGCUGAAUCACCUUCCAACACCUUCUGGGCAUCUGACUUGAUGCACCGAUUAUACCACAUGCCCUCCAUUGGCUGGGAAUAUAUUGAGCAUUUCGCCGACGAUUACGACGAGGUCGUCGAGCUUGCCGCCGCAAACAACUCUACUGAGUCAACCCACGACAGCGAUACCCUGCAAUACUUCGCACUCGAAGCUUAUGCAUACGAUAUUGCCGUUCCAGGAGUGGGCUGCUCUGGCGCUGAAGGUUCGCAUUCCCAUGCGCCGGCAAGCUCCAGCGCCGCACCAUCUGCUCCUGCUGCGACUGCGACAACGAGUGGCUCACCCACUCAGCCUCAGGCGCCAUCGUCGACCGUGUCUAUUCCUCCUGUGAGUGGACACGAUCUAUCGUUUUCAGCAAAUACUGACGCUUUUCAGGGUUGCCAUACUCACGAGGGAGGCGAUCUUCACUGCACAUCGUCAACAUCAACUUCAGGAUAA